AUGACUAUACCCCGACUUGAACUCGCUGGGGCCGUUCUUGUAACCAAGUUAGUAAAGCAUUUAUUGCAGGUCUUCAAUCAAUACAGUAUCUCUGUUUAUUUAUGGACUGAUUCCACUGUUGCAUACACAUGGAUCAUCAAUCAUCCCUCACGAUGGAAGGAUUUUGUGCACAACAGAGUUUGUUACAUCCAAGAAGCAUUACCACAAGCACAAUGGGGUCUUGUCUCAGGACGAGAAAACCCGGCCGAUUUAGCUACACGAGGACUUACACUCAUGCAAUUAGCUGAAAGAGAAUUCUGGUGGAAUGGUCCUGCCUGGUUACUGGAACCACCCGAUUGCUGGUCUCAGAAGCCGACUACUUUCGAAAAGGAGGAGGUGAUCGAGGAACGCUCUCGUAACAUAUUGACCACAAGGGUCACCUCAACCGAGAAUUGGGACCUCUUACAUAGAUAUUCCUCCCUCACCCGAUUAGUCAGAAUUACUGCGUUAUGUCAGCGUGCAAUUAACCGAUUCAAAGGAAUUUCUAAUUCUUCCUUGCUCCAUCCUAUUACUACUACAGAGUUGCAAGUUGCGAAACUUUUUUGGGUCAAACAUGUACAGGCUUCUGCCUUCUCUCAAGAGCUACAGUUACUCUCCACUGAACAACCCUUACCUUUAUCACAUCCGCUUAACAGACUUACGCCAUUCAGAGACCAUGAGGGUAUUUUACGAGUAGGAGGACGCCUUCAAGCCUCGUCACUUGAUAUGGAGGCCAAACAUCCAGCGAUACUUCCCAGGCACUCGCCUCUUUCUCAGCUAAUUAUCGCUGAUGCUCAUCUACGGACAUUACAUGGUGGGACUCAGAUUACUUUAUGUACUAUUCGAGAACAAUUUUGGAUUAUCGGCGGACGUGUGCCUGUGAGAAGUCAAUACUUAAAUGCAUCAAGUGCACUCGUUUCCGAUGUGCGCGAGCACAACAAUUGA